AGUCCCACGAGAAUCCUCGAUCGAAAACUGGCAAGGUCGCAAAUCAGCUCUCCCGAAGCAACACACAAGAGCAGCACAGAAUCAACAACCCUACUCACCGCACAAUUCCAAACCAAAUAAAUAUCAAAAUAGAACGAACGAAUAAACCCAACAUGACCUCAGCAGCGGGCCCUUCCAAAGAGGAAGCCCCUUGCUGCGGGAGACGAGUUAGGUUUGCUGCAGAUAAUAGGUAUAAGAUAGUGGAGGUAGCACCACAGAGCUGCUCUUCUUGCACCGGUGACGAAGGCUUCCAGAAAAGCCAGGUGAAGGUGGAGGCAGAGUUGCUCAAACCGAAGGGGUAUGCUGUCCUGUUGAAGAACUGCUUUGACGAGACGGAUAAGCAAGCUCAGAAGCACAUCAAUGCCUUUGCUCAGCUCCCUGGGAACGAAUACCCUCGUGGCUUGGAAGUAUAUCUGUCACGUCAUCACCGGGAAGAUUGCGACCAGAACCACAAGAAGGUAACAUCGGCUGUGCUUCGUCGCCAGAAAACCAUGAAGGCAGCGGACGCCCCUGCUGAUGUCCUAUCCGAGAAGCUCCGCAGCGUUUCCAAGAAACACUCUCGUAGUUCCCGUAUCUUUGCCCGACGUCUGGGCAUUGCCGAUGCCAGAGCCGUCAGGGAAGGGGACGACCUUAUCAAGGCACUGACCAUGGUCAAGGAACUCAACCAAGGAAACGCCAAGAUGGUGCGCCGCAAGGAAUCCACGGAAGACAUGUCGUCUCUCUCCAAGCAAGGCAAACAGGGUGUUGCCAUCUUUGGCCUGGCAUACAUGGCGUCCCGUACUCGCACCCAUGGCAGCUCCUCUGCUCCUCGGAAACUCGACCGUAUUCCGGUUCCUGCUCCCAUGUUGUCGGUCCGUCGCAGGGCGGAAGGCACGAGUCUGGCCAAUAGCUGCAGUGAAGUCAUCCAGGAUGCACUGAACCUGCUCGACUUUAGCGACGAGGACGACAGCAGUAUCGAGGAGAAUCCGGCAGUUGCCACCGUGGCCAAAACGGCCUAGCUACCCUACCCAUAGCCCGUCCCCGCAGUUGGUUAGGUAGAGGACGGCACGGAGGAAUGUAUACAGUAGUUCACUACAAUACGACAAAAAUUAGUUUAUAAAAAGGAAUAGAUAGUUCACAAUGC